CUCUGAGCUUGUUCUCUUUUUGCUUGGAUGUGUUUCACAGCCGAGUUCACAGUGAUGGGUCCUGCUCACCCUGUCACAGCUGCCGUGGGUGAGGCCAUCGAGUUACCCUGUCACCUGUCCCCCAGGAUGAGCGCUGAGAACAUGGAGGUGAGAUGGUUCCGAUCGGAGUUCCUUUCCUUUGUGCACCUGUACCAGCGUGGGAAGGAUGAAUAUAAAGAGCAGAUGCCCGACUAUCAGGGAAGGACGGAGCUUUUGAAAGCUGGUCUCUCAGAGGGCAACGUGUCCUUGCGGAUUCUUAAUAUCAGACCAACAGAUAGAGGACAAUACCGCUGUUUUGUUCAAGAUGGUACUUUGUACGAAGAAGCCCUGUUGGAACUGAAGGUAGCAGUUUUAGGUUCCAGUCCUCUCAUCUCUGUUCAGGGUCACCAGGAUGGAGGAAUCCGGGUAGUUUGUCAGUCGGCCGGUUGGUACCCAGAGCCCGAGGUGCUGUGGAGAGAUCACAUCGGGCACCUUUUAACAUCACUGUCAGAAGCAAAAUCUCAAGUGGAUAAUGAUCUCUUUGAAACAGAAAAUUCUAUUAUUAUGAGAGAACAAGCAAACCAAAGCUUGUCUUGUUGCAUCAGGAACACCUUUCUCAAUCAAGAAAAGGAAUCGACAAUUUAUAUAGCAGAUUCCUUUUUCCCGAGGGUGAAUCCCUGGAUGGUGUGUCUCAGUGUGAUCCUGCCGGUUUUGUUUGGUUUCAUGGGCCUCACUGCUUAUCUAUUUAAAAUAAAAGGGAAACAGCAUCAAGAAAUCA